CACCAAUCACUACACGCAGAAGUGACCUUGAAGUGCUCAGCCUCUCCAUAUAAGGUCGUGUGUGCCUUUAUCCAUUGCCUCUGAAUAAGUCGGAGAUGAAGGUAUUUGUUCGAGAGUGUAAAACCGAUAAAGUUUUACUGACAUGGGACAAUAUCCCGAAUGAUGCUGUCAUUUUGGAUGUAAAGAAACGGAUAUAUGAAGAGAGUAAUGUGUUUACACUUGUCUAGCACUCUUUUUUCAGAAAGAAAACCAAAGGUAGUCAGUCAGAGCAUUCGUCUUGAGCCACGAGGGAAAUCAAUCAAUGAUAAUAAGCGGCUAUGCGAUUUAACCAAUACAGAUACAUCAGAAUGCUUAAAUUUAUAUGUAAAAGAUUUAGGCCCACAAAUUGGCUGGCGUACUGUCUUCUUAUUUGAAUAUGCAGGUCCAUUGGUUAUUUAUACAAUUAUUUGGUGCCUACGACAACCGUUUUUCAAAAAUGCUCUCUUGCCUCCAAUAUCAUCGGAUGCAUAUUUACGUAAAGUUGCUUUAGCCUGUUGGUGUCUGCAUUAUACGAAACGUUUAUUGGAGACUGUGUUCAUCCAUCGAUUUUCUCAUGCUACAAUGGCAUUACAUAAACUGUUUCUCAAUUGUGCAUAUUAUUGGGGAUUUGGUUUAUUUGUUGGAUAUUUUACAAAUCAUCAUUUAUAUACACCACCUACUUUCGGUCAUACUCAAAUAGUAAUCGGUUUCUUGUUGUUUGCCAUUGGUGAAUGGGGGAAUUUCUGUUGUCAUUUAACCUUGAAACGACUUCGACCAGCUGGUUCAACUGUUAGAAAAAUACCCUAUCCAAUGCCAGGUUGGUUUUUCACGCGUAUGUUCAACUUAGUGGCAUGUCCUAACUACACCUAUGAAAUCCUGUCAUGGAUUGGUUUUACAAUAAUGACACAAACUCUACCGGCGCUUAUAUUCACAAUCGCUGGCUUUAGUCCAAUGAGUGUUUGGGCUAUUGGGAAAUUGAAGGCGUAUCGACGUGAAUUUCCUGAUUUCCCUAAAAAUCGUAAAGCUCUUAUCCCAUUCCUUCUUUAGGAUUAUCAUCUUUUUCUUUCUUUUUUUUUUAUAAAAAAAAACACAAUCACAGUGGGGUGUCUGUGCGCUCUCAAUCACCCUAUUCAUUAUUAUUUUUAUUAUUAUUAUUAAUAUAGUAGCAUACACUUACACUUGUCAUUGUGGUAUUAUAUACAUACAAUGUGUAAAGGUUAAAUUUGCCUCUUUAUAUAUGUAUGUGUUAGCUUACCAUUCCACAUUUUCACACCGGUUCGCUUCACAUAAUGUGUCUGUCUUUUUAUGAAUACAUGGCUUAUCCUUGUAUGUGUUGUUUUGUUCCUUCUUAUUUUAUUGAACACGAGGAGGAGGAGGAGGAG